UUAAACUAAAACCCUAGUCCCCGCGAGUUUUCUUCCAGCCGGCACACCUCUUGUUCACGGCGACGGCUGUAACCACGACAGCCGCGCGAUUCCGGCGACUUUAGGUUUGGGUUUUUCAUUUCGACACCAACAAAAAAAUCGAUACAUCCUUUGGUUCUUACCAAAGCGGAACCAGUUUUUCAGCUAUGAAUUCGACUCCUGAGAGGUUAAGCUUGCCGUUGCUGCAAUCGAAGAUGAAGUGUGAUCCGGAAGGAUACGAGUGUGAGUUGGUUCUGCUCUACAACCAAUUUAAAUCAUCCAUGGAGCUCUUUAAACAACAGGCAUCUCUUCACUUCACCUCUGUUGGUGGCAUUGGUAGCGACCCUUCAGUGGCUAAGGAUCUUAGUGAUAGGGCGAUGUUUUUGGCUCAUGUUACUCCGUUCUACUCGAAACAUCUUGUUGAAUUUCCUAAACAGUUAGCGGAUUUGCUUAACUCAUCUUCAAAGUCGCUGCCUUCAGGUUUAAGAUGCCACAUAGCGCAGGCUCUUAUACUUCUUAUGAAUCGGAAGAUGGUUGAUAUUGAGGAAAAUCUUGCGUUGUUCAUGGAGUUACAGACCUUAGGUGACCGAACAUUGAGAAAAUUGGCAUUUUCUCAUGUAAUUCACAGCAUUAAAAGAAUGAAUCAAAAGCAUAAAAAUGAAGCAAAGAAUCGAGCUCUCCAGAAAAUUUUGUUUGCACUACUGCAGCAAGAGGAUGAAGCUAAGGCCAAGAGAUCGCUUAUAACUCUGUGUGAACUUCAUCGAAGAAAGGUUUGGUUUGAUGAAAGAACAGCAAAUGCUAUUUGUACUGCAUGCUUUCAUUCAUCACCAAGGAUUAUGAUUGCUGCUCUAUCAUUUCUUCUUGAUUAUGAGAAGAUUGAAGAUGGUGAGGAUGAUAGUGACGAGGAAAGCGGUGAAGAUGAUGUGUCUUCUCAAUCGCCUCAUGUUGUUCUUAGUAAGGAAUUGGUUUAUAAGGCACACAAUAAAGGUACAUCAUCUAGCAAGAAGAAAAAAAAGGCAAAACUGCAACGAGUCAUGCGUAGUAUGAAGAGGCAGCAACGUGUGUCAUCAGACAGAAACAAUUCAUAUUAUUCUCCACUUAACCAUUUGAAAGAUGCACAGGGGUUUGCAGAAAAGCUGUUCUCUCGACUUCAUGCUUGCCAUGAACGAUUUGAGGUUAAAAUGAUGAUGUUGAAAGUUAUUGCUAGAACGGUUGGGCUUCACCGCUUGAUUUUGUUAAGCUUUUACCCUUACCUUCAGAAGUAUGUUCAGCCUCAUCAACGUGAUAUCACAAGUUUACUUGCAGCAGCUGUCCAGGCCUGUCAUGAUGUGGUUCCUCCUGAUGCAGUUGAACCUUUGUUCAAGCAGAUUGUGAAUCAGUUUGUACAUGAUCGUUCACGAACAGAGGCUAUUGCGGUUGGACUCAAUGUAGUAAGGGAGAUCUGUUUACGUAUGCCUUUGUUAAUGACCGAAGAUUUGUUACAAGAUCUUGCGUUGUAUAAGAAAUCACAUGAGAAGGCAAUUUCUGUAGCUGCACGAUCACUUAUUGGAUUAUUUAGAGAGAUUUGUCCAUCCUUACUGGUUAAGAAGGAUCGUGGGCGUCCUACCGAUCCAAAGGCAAAACCUAAAGCUUAUGGGGAAGUAUCUGUUGCAUCUGAUAUUCCUGGUAUUGAGUUAUUACAAGAUGAUGAUGGCGUCAAUAGUGAUGACGACGACGAUGACUGUGAGACGAUUGCAACUGGAUCUGAUGAUGACCUGGAACAAGUGGUUGAUUCUAGUGACGAUGGUGAUAAUCAGAUCUACAGUGACAGUGGGACUGAUGACGAGGAUGAAUUGACAGAAGAUGGUUCAGCACCUAAAGUUGAUUCCGAUGAAGGUACAGACGAUGAUGAAAAUGCCAACGAUUCUAGUGAGCUGGAAUUGGAGACAGAUGAGGAGGCUGAGGAUAGUGGCGACGAACCAGAUGCUAUGUCAGAUGAGAUUGUUGAGACUGGUUCCGUAGAUGCUCGAACUACUUCUAGAGAUUCUAAGCUGAAGAAAAGAAAACAUUCUGAUUUUGACCAACAAUUUCUUACUGCCAAUUCAAGUCUCCGAGCAUUGAAGAAAUUAGCAAGCACAGUUGAGGGAAAAUCAUCAGAACCAACCGAUGGCAUUCUUUCCAAUGAAGAUUUUCGAAGGAUCAAGGAAUUAAAGGCAAAGAAAGAUGCAAAAAGUGCUUUGACUCAACAUGGUUUGUUGAGAAAUGCUCCAGAUGCGAAGUCAACUGCAUUUAAGGUUCCGAGUACCGAUGAAUUGAGUACAAAGCGAAUGGAUCCAUCCAAACUCGAGGUUCAUAUUCGGAGAAGGAUGAGCAAGGAGGAAAAAUUAGCAUUAGUUAAGGCUGGGAGAGAAGAUAGAGGAAAGUACCAAGCACGUGCUGCUGUCAAACAAAAGAAGACGGGAGGCUUAAGCAAUCGACAGAAAGAACACAAGAAGGCCAUGCCGUUAGCUGCAAAACGAUCUAGAGUUGCAAAAUCUCGAGUUGACAAGAGGAAGAAAGAUCAACGUUCUGGCAAACAGUUUAGAGGGAAGAAAGCCUGGAAGCAGUAAAGCUACUUUUAUUUUAUUUUAAGAAUGGAAUGGCAAAUUUUGUUAAAUUAUUGCUUUGAUCCAAGUAUCAAUUAUGUAUUUUGUUUCAUAACUUAUUAGUUGAGAAAAGAAUGCCUAUAAGAAUGAUCCAAUUAGGGGUUAAUUAUUGAUGACAUAAAUUCUGAUUUAGAAUGUAAUCAAGAGGAAUAUCUUUGGUAGAGAAUCUUUUUGAUGAACAAGAAUAUCCUUUUGAA